CCAAUGACGCCAACGUGAUUGUAAACAAAUAAACGUGAUACAUGGCUCAAGUAAAAUAUAUAGUGGAUCACUUUUUUCUUUAGAAUGCUUUUCAAAAUUAUAUUCUAUCUUCGAUUUUUUUCUCUUUUAAUCUAAGUUUUUUCGGUUUUAUAUUUUCGAAGAACAGGUAGAUUACCAAUUUCUCGAAUCUUCAAAAAUGGCUUCAACUAAUGAAAAAGGUCAUUAUGCGCGAAUUUUAAAUGAUACUGAAAUUGAAAAAUUAUCUCUUGACAAAGUGACUAUCUCUGAUUUUAAACAAAAUAAGUUAGAACUUGAAGCUAAAAGGAAUUGGGAUUUGUUUUAUAAGAGGAAUAGAGGAAACUUUUUUAAAGAUCGACAUUGGACUAAACGAGAAUUCGAGGAACUUGCAAACGAAACCUCAAAAGAAAAUGAACAAUCAGUUCUUUUGGAAGUUGGAUGUGGAGCAGGAAAUUUCAUGUUUCCUUUAAUAUCAGAAGGAGUAAACUUUUAUUUCUAUGCUUGUGAUUUCUCUCCCCGUGCUGUUGAACUUGUAAAAGCUAACGAGCUAUAUGACUCUAGCAUUUGUAAUGCCUUUGUUUGUGAUAUCACUCAAGACGAUUUAGCAAAUGUUAUUCCUGUUGGUACAAUUAGUAUUUCAACUUUAAUAUUUGUUUUGUCUGCCAUCCAUCCAGAAAAAAUGCUUUUCGCACUCAAAAAUAUUUAUAAGGUAUUAAAACCCAAUGGUAUUCUGUUAUUUAGGGAUUAUGGAUUGUAUGAUCAAGCAAUGUUGAGAUUUAAACCUGGUCACAAGUUAAGUGAAAAUUUUUAUGUAAGGCAAGAUGGCACUCGAGCUUUCUACUUCUCUGAAGAAUACUUGGGAAAAUUAAUGGUUGAAGCUGGAUUUGAAGUGAUAGCUAAUAAAUAUGUUUCUAGAGAAACUGUAAACCACAAAGAAGGCAUCUGUGUACCAAGAGUUUAUAUCCAAGGGAAGUUUUUAAAACCUAGAUGAUAAAAAAAAAGUUUUAUGUAUAGAUAUUGUUUAAAUAAAUUUUUUCAUAAAAAAAAA